UUUCAGACAUUUAUCUGGGAAAAAAGUUGGUAAUCGGAAAGUUUAAAAUCGCUUGCAAAACAUGAUAGCUUUUUCAAUUUUCAUCGCCAUUUUUUUCUGGCUGGCUCAUUGUUUCUAUUUCAAACGCCGAAAUCUCCCACCAGGACCUACACCACUUCCUUUCCUUGGCAAUUCCCUAUCAAUGAUAUGGGAGAACCCGGGCUACGAGUGUUUUAGACGGUGGACUAGAAUCUAUGGGGAUGUUUUUACCUUUUGGCUGGGAGACACACCCUACGUCGUUAUUAGCUCUCUUGAAAAAAUGAAGGAAACUUUUAUCAAAGACGGAGAGACUUAUCAGGAUAAAAUCCAAUUUUCAUUCACCGAGAAAUUUCGAGGUGGAAGAUUUGGAGUAAUUGAGACAACUGGACACAUGUGGAGUACUCAUAGAAGAUUUGCAAUUUCUACUUUUCGAGAUUUGGGGCUCGGCAAAAAUUUGAUGCAAGAAAAAAUUCUGGCCGAGGUUGAAGCAGUGUUUCAAAUAUUAGAUGCAAAUCUGGGUGCUGAGCAAGAUGUGCCAGAGGUGAUAUAUAACGCUGUGGCCAACGUCAUAAAUCAGAUGAUAUUUGGCUAUCGGUUUGAUGAAUCGAAUCAGAAUGAAUUUGAAAAGUUGAAGGAUUUGAUAGAUAUCCAAGAAAAAUCAUUUGCUUCCUUCAAACUUUGCGUUCAAGCUUUUGUACCAAUUAUGAAUAAAUUGCUGCCGGGAAAAUCAUUGGAAGAUUUGAUCGCUGAAAAAAGGCACGACUAUUACAACUUUUUCUACGCCCAAAUCCAAGACCACCGCGCCAAAAUCAAUUACCAAGCCGAAGAAUAUCUUGAUUACGCUGAAGCCUACCUCAAAGAACAGAAAAACCAGGAGCAAGGUGGUCUCGGCUCUGAUUUGUUCUCCGACCAGCAGCUGGCUAAUAUGUGCUUUGACUUGUGGUUUGCUGGGCUCACCACAACUAACACUACAAUAAAUUGGACAAUAAGCUAUGUUUUGAACCACCCGGAAGUUCAAGAUAAGAUGCAAGAGGAGCUGGAUAAGGUGGUGGGAAGUGAUAGAUUGGUGACAAUAUCUGAUAAAAGCAGCCUUCCGUACAUGAAUGCGGUGAUCAAUGAGUCUCAGAGAUGUGUAAAUUUACUUCCCUGCAAUUUGUUUCACGCAACUACUAGGGAUACUGUAAUUAAUGGAAAUAUAAUUCCAAAAGGAACAGGUGUUAUUGCCCAGAUUAGUACAGUUAUGCUGGAUGAGAAGAUCUUCCCCGACCCCUAUAAAUUCCAACCUGAAAGAUUCAUAGAUGAAAAUGGAGCACUGAAAAAGAUCGAGCAGCUAAUCCCAUUUUCAGUCGGAAAACGGCAGUGCCUCGGUGAAGGGCUAGCUCGGAUGGAGCUUUUCCUGAUUGUCGCCAAUCUAUUCAAUCGAUAUUUUAUCACACCAUCCAGUGCUGGACCUCCAUCAUUGGAGAGAACCGAAAUGGUCGGGGUAUUCCCAAGAAAAUUUCAGGCAAUUUUGACGAGAAGAUAUGAAUAAUUAUUUAUUGUUGUGAAACAUAUUAAUUAGAUUUUCAAUAUUUAUUUUUUAUUUUUUUCAUAGCAACUCCUGCUAAUUUCUGAGCGUUUUUACGAAUGUCUAGAUGGAACUGCAAUUGUGGUACUUCUAACACUUGAAGAAUUUUGGCCAAAGAGCAAUAUCGUUGUAACUAUAAAUGAUUCAAUCACA